AUGGCGGCAGAAAAUGGAGCAGUCGAGCUGGGAAUCCAGAGCCUGUCAACAGACAAGGCACCUGAAGGUGCAGCAGGCAUGGGAUCGUCGGCUGCAGAGAAAGACCCUGGCCCCCCAGACCCAAAGAUGGACCCUGGCCCCCCAGACCCAAAGAAAGAACCUGAUCCUUCCACCCUGAAGAAAGAUGCCAAAGCCCCUGUCCCAGAGAAAGUGGAUGGUAUCCCGGCCCAACCCUCAACCAGUGGCCAGGGCCCGGAGGGAGAGGGUGACCUGGGUGGGGGGCCUGCAGAGGGUAGUGCUGGGCAACCAGCAGCCCUGCCCCAGCAGACCGCAACAACUGAGGCCAAUGUGAAGAAGCCCAAGACCAAGCAGGGGUCCUCAGGCAGCCAGGUCCUUGGAGAGCCCAAGGUGGGCAAGAAAGGAGGAGACGGUAAAGCAGCGGCCAGGAGGGGCUCCCCGGCCUUUCUGCACAGUCCUAGCUGUCCUGCCAUCAUCUCGAGCCCCGAGAAGUUGCUGCCCGGGAAGCCCCCAAGUGGGGCAUUGGAGCUCAUCUUUGAAGGGGUGCCUGUGACCCCUGGACCCACGGACCUGGGGCCAGCCAAGGCAGCAGAAGGAGGGAAGGACAUCCUGGCAGAGAGCCGGAAGGAAGCAGGAGAGAAAGCCCCAGGCCAGGCUGGCCAGGCUAAGGUGCAAGGGGAUACCUCGAGAGGGAUCGAGUUCCAGGCUGUUCCCUCCGAGACAUCGGCAGCGGGGCAGGCCCCCUCUCUCACAGCCAGGGAGGAGGACUGCUUCCAGAUCUUGGAUGACUGCCCACCACCCCCUGCUCCCUUCCCCCACCGCAUUGUGCAGCUGAGGACGGGAAAUGUCAACAGUGAAUUCAGCAUCAACUCCAAGGAGGCGCUGGGAGGUGGGAAGUUUGGAGCAGUCUGUACUUGUACAGAGAGAGCCACAGGCCUCAAGCUGGCGGCCAAGGUCAUCAAGAAACAGACCCCCAAAGACAAGGAAAUGGUGAUGCUCGAGAUCGAGGUUAUGAACCAGCUGAACCACCGCAAUCUGAUCCAGCUCUACACAGCCAUCGAGACCUCGCGUGAGAUUGUCCUGUUCAUGGAGUACAUUGAGGGCGGUGAGCUCUUCGAGCGGAUUGUGGAUGAGGACUAUCACCUGACGGAGGUGGACACCAUGGUGUUUGUCAGGCAGAUCUGCGACGGGAUCCUCUUCAUGCACAAGAUGAGGGUCCUGCACCUGGACCUCAAGCCAGAGAACAUCCUGUGUGUCAACACCACGGGCCACUUGGUGAAGAUCAUUGACUUCGGCCUGGCACGGAGGUACAACCCCCACGAGAAGCUGAAGGUGAAUUUUGGGACCCCGGAGUUCCUGUCACCUGAGGUGGUGAAUUACGACCAAAUCUCCGAUAAGACAGACAUGUGGAGUAUGGGGGUCAUCACCUACAUGCUGCUGAGUGGGCUCUCCCCCUUCCUGGGAGAUGAUGACACGGAGACACUGAACAAUGUCCUAUCUGCCAACUGGUACUUUGAUGAAGAGACCUUUGAGGCUGUGUCAGACGAGGCCAAAGACUUUGUCUCCAACCUCAUCGUCAAGGACCAGAGGGCCCGGAUGAACGCUGCCCAGUGCCUUGCCCACCCCUGGCUCAACAACCUGGCGGAGAAAGCAAAGCGCUGUAACCGGCGCCUCAAGUCCCAGAUCUUGCUUAAGAAAUACCUCAUGAAGAGGCGCUGGAAGAAAAACUUCAUCGCCGUCAGCGCUGCCAACCGAUUCAAGAAGAUCAGCAGCUCGGGGGCUCUGAUGGCUCUGGGGGUCUGAGCCCCGGGAGCGCCUCAGGCCUGGAU